CCUUUAUAUUUAUAUAAUCAACCAUGUCUGACCAGCACGACGAUCACACCUUCGAAAGCGCUGAUGCCGGUGCCUCCAAGACCUACCCCAUGCAAUGUUCUGCCUUGAGAAAGAACGGACAUGUUGUUAUUAAGGGUAGACCUUGUAAGAUUGUUGAUAUGUCUACUUCCAAGACUGGUAAGCACGGUCACGCUAAGGUCCACUUGGUUGGUAUUGAUAUCUUCACUGGAAAGAAGUUGGAAGAUAUCUCUCCCUCUACUCACAACAUGGAUGUCCCCAAUGUUGUCCGUAACGAAUACCAACUCAUCAACAUUGAUGACGGUUUCCUUAGCUUGAUGACUCAAGAUGGUGCCACCAAGGAUGAUGUUAAGCUCCCCGAAGGUGAACUCGGUGAACAAAUGGAACGUGAUUUCGAAGAGGGUAAAGACUUGAUUGUUACUGUUGUUUCUUCCAUGGGUGAAGAGCACGCUUUGUCUGUUAAGGAAGCCCCCAAGGGUAGCUCUUAAAUAGUAUAAAGACUAUUUUUUGUAUGACAUUUUUUAUUAAACCUAUAUAUAAACAUUGUUAAAGCAUAUUUUGCUAUAUUUGUUGUAUUCAAAAAAAAUUUUCUUUGUCUCCCACACAAAGUAAGCUCCGGUAAGUGGUCCCCAG